CCACCGGCAUCACCGGCACCGGCAUCACCACCCCACCACCGGCACCGGCAUCACCGGCACCGGGCCGAGCCGCCGGGUACGGGGCACCGCGCCACGGAUUCCAGCGGGAACCUCCUUCCUCCAUCUAACCGGAAAAAAGGCCUGGCUUAUGUCUGUAUAUGUGUCCCUGUGUGAGCACCAGGGCCAGGUGCUGACAGUCACUGGCUGGGAGGACCUGGGAUGGGUUUGAAAUCUGGACUGUCCUGGACUGUCUGAGGUGCUCCAUCUGUGAAUGUCUGCACACUCCUGGGCUUCCAUCUCUGCCAGUGGCACCUUUCACCUCUAGAUAAAGCUGUUCUUCAGAGCAAGUUCCUGCAGAAAAGGAAGACGGGAUCUCAUUUUCCCAGAGACUGUUGAGUCACGUGUCACCUCGAGAGCCACUGUUAGGUGUCCCCAUGUCCCUUGCCACGACAUGCCAUCCCUCCUGGUGACUGCCCCUUCCUGCAGGAGGGGACCUGCCUGACUCCUGCCCAGCCUGGACACCUGUGUGCCCCCUUUGCCAUUCAAAGCUGUCCCUUCGAGCGUGCUGAGAAACAAAUGGGAGCUGGAGGUGCUCUGUCACAGAAGCCAAUGCUUGCUGCCAGCCAUGUCCCCUGCUGAGCAAGUCCCAGUGCCCUCUGCCCCCAGGGCCUGUGCCAGUAGCCACUCUGGGAUUUGCUGAGCCACAGGGUUCAUGUUGAGCGUGCUGUGUUUUAGGGUUUUGAGGAAAAUGCAGAGGCGGCACAGCAGCAACACAGACAGCGUGCCUCCUGAAAGGAGCCGGAGCCAGACGCUGAGCUCCGAGGCCAGCGUGGACGAGAGCGGAGUGUUCGAGAGCCUCAAGGCCGAGGCCGCCUCCCCUCAGCAGCUCUUCUCGGGCCUGGCCGGCCUCCCCGCCGCCUCCAUCGCCGCCGCGCCCUUCCCGGCGGGGCUGGUGCUGGGCUCGGCGGCCGGAGGGGGAGAAGUCUUCAUCCAGAUGCCGGCCCCGAGGGAUGAGGGUGCCGGACGGGCUGAGGGGGCCCCGUUCCACCACCGGGCCCCGGCGCAUCCCUUCCAGCACGGGCACCACCGCGGCUCCUCGCUGCUGCACAUGGCGGGCGGCGAGCGGCACGGGCACGGCGAGGAGGGCGCCGAGGAACAGGCCGGGACGCCGGCCCCGGCUCUCUCCGAGCUCAAAGCUGUCGUUGGGUGGCUGCAGAAGGGACUUCCCUUCAUCUUGAUCCUCCUGGCUAAAGUUUGUUUCCAGCACAAGCUUGGAAUUGCUGUGUGCAUUGGCAUGGCCAGCACCUUUGCCUACGCCAACUCCACGCUCCGAGAGCAGGUGGCUCUGAAGGAGAAGAGAUCAGUGCUGGUUGUCUUCUGGAUCCUGGCCUUCCUCACUGGAAACACCCUGUACUUGCUUUACACAUUCAGCUCUCAGCAGCUGUACAACAGCCUAAUAUUCCUGAAACCCAACCUGGACAGGCUGGACUUCUUUGACCUGAUGUGGAUUGUGGGCAUUGCAGACUUUGUGCUGAAGUACCUCACCAUUGCCCUGAAAUGCCUCGUGGUGGCCCUGCCCAAGAUCAUCCUCGCUGUCAAGUCGAAGGGAAAGUUUUAUCUGAUUAUUGAGGAGCUGAGCCAGCUGUUCCGCUCGCUGGUGCCCAUCCAGCUGUGGUACAAAUACAUCAUGGGGGAUGAUCCCUCCAGCAGCUACUUCCUGGGCGGCAUCCUCAUCAUCAUGUACAGCCUCUGCAAGUCUUUUGACAUCUGUGGCCGUGUGGGAAGCGUCAGGAAGGCACUGAAGGUCCUUUGCACCCCCCAGACCUAUGGGGUCCGUGCCACGAGCCAGCAGUGCAGUGAGGCAGGAGACAUCUGUGCCAUCUGCCAGGCAGAGUUCAGGGAACCUCUGAUCCUUCUGUGCCAGCACGUGUUCUGUGAGGAGUGCCUGUGCCUGUGGUUCGACCGGGAGAAGACGUGUCCCCUGUGCCGCUCGGUGACCGUGGAGACGCUGCGCUGCUGGAAGGAUGGCACCACCUCUGCCCACCUGCAGGUCUACUGACAGACAGACAGACAGCAGGGCACCUCUGCCCACCUGCAGGUCUACUGACAGACAGACAGACAGCAGGGCACCUCUGCCCCCCUGCAGGUGCACUGACUGACUGCAGGGCAGCUCACCAGGCACAGAGCAGGACAAUCCCAGGAUCCCUGCUCAGUUCUGUCAGUUCUUCCAGCUCUGAGCCAACAGAACAAUUGUGACUGGCCACAAACUUUACCCUGGAAGGAAGGAGGUGUGGGUUAUGUUGUGGCAAACUCCAGGGUGUUUCUGGAGCUUACAGGGCUGUAAAGUGUUUGGGAUGUUUCCUGUUUUCCUUUCAGUAUGGACAAACACAGCGUGUCCAGGGUGGGGAGCUGUGAGGGCUGAACAAAGCUGUGCUCUGGCUCAGGAGCUCCACAUCACCUGGGCCUGCAUUCCCUGAAUCCAUCACUUUACAGAAUUACACAGCACCUCUCUCUGAGAACUCUUCGCAAGCAGGGCUUCAGAACCUCCUGUCCACAGCUGCAGUUGCAGAAACGUCAUUUCCCAGCUGUUAUUUUCCAAUUGAUGUCACAAAUGGCACAUGCUGUCACCUUGGGAAAAUCACAGGGAGCUUGGGAAGGACCCUGCCAGUGAGGCUGGAAAUGAUACCUCCUUUCCCUGGAAAUGUUCUUCCUCUUUAACUUUCAUGGUGAGACUUUCUGAUUUUCUGUUCUCUGGGGAGAGCAGAGGGAGGUUGAAGUUGAGUUGGGUUUGUCUGGAUAGAAAUCCAGCACUUGUCUAAGAGCAUCUCACAAACUCAGUGUCCCUGCCCUGUGUUCCUCAGCCAGGACCUGCCUGGCUCCUCCAGCAGGGAAAACCAGAGCCUUGAGCUGCAGCAGGAGCUCCUGAGGAAGGAGAACCCUGGCAGGAAUUAACAGGAAUUACCCAAUCCCUGUGGCUGAGCUCUCUGCCGAGCUUCUCCAGCAGCACCUCAGAGGGAGCUGCUGUUUGUUCUGGGGUUUUCCCUGUCCCCAAACCACCCCCAGGAGCAGCAGCAUCCCCAGCUCAUUGCCAUGGAAAUGGCUGAAGGUGACAGCCCCACCUGAGCCGUCAGCAGGAAGAGGCUCCUGAGGGAAGGAGGUUGUGGCUGUGCUGAUGGAAACUCCACAGGGAGGAAUUAAAGCCAACAGGAGCUGAUGGGAACAGGAGUAAAGCUCCACAUUUCUUUGGAAGUAAGCUCAGUGUGGCUGAGGAGGAGUGGUGAGAGCAGAGCCUGAGCUGGGCAGAGUCCAGACCUGGCUUGGGAGGUUCAGGGAAGCAAAGCAGGAAAAGCUUUGAUUUCCAAACCAAAGUGAUGUCAAAUUCUUGUCUAAUGGAUCCUGUGAAAGUGGAGAACUGAGCCAAGGAAUCCCAUCGUUCCCUGCAAUGGGAAUAACUCCCCUGUCUUUGGGAUGGGAGAGUUCAGAAUGGCAGGGAGCAAGGUUUGCAUUGGGCAUAACAAAUGUGAUGUGUGAUAGCCUGGAAUAUUCACCAGGAAAAGGGGAAAUCAGUGAUUCCAUGGGCAGGGAGGUUCUGAAAGGCCUCAGUGUCACUGCAGUGCCAGGGAACCCAAGGCUUGGUGUUCCUGCUUUCAAACGGUUGGAAAAGCUGCUUCUCAUUCUGAAUUUUUUUCUCUAAAUGCUCCUGGAAAAUGUGUUUGGAGAAGUGUAGGAAAAGCUCGGUAGGAAAGUGUGGGAUACGCUGCUUCCAAAUUCAGUUUGUAUUGGUGGUAAGGCAGGAAAUCAAAGGGACAGUGUGGGUUUGCAUUCUUAAAGUUUUGGGGUGGGUUUUUUUUGGGAGGAUGGUCCUACCUUCUAGAACAUGACACUUGGACCAGAAAACAUCCAGGGGAAACUUCAGUUCCAGUGAUUGUUGAUUUCCAUGGGAAAACAGGGAAGGAUGUGGAAGGAAAUUCCUCAGAGAGGAAAUAAAACCAGGAGCCUUUUUUUUUUUUGCCAUUGAACAGUUAUUUUUUUUUUUUUUUUAAUAAAUUCCUUAUAAAUAUGUACAAAGAGUCUCAGCAUAUGAAAUUCCUUUUACAAAAGAGAGAAGCCCCAUCCAGCCAGGACCAGGAGCCUCCUGGAGCUCCAGGAACUCCGAGCACAGGCCCUGCCCUUGCUUUGGUGAGGGGGAAACCUGCACAGUGACCCUGCUGGAGUUUCAUCCCAAUGGUUCUGGAUCAGCAAAAUGCCAGGAACUGGGCAUUCCCUGCCUGGCAUUCCCUGGGCAAUGCCCCUGGCAGACACUGGGGGAUUCCCAGUGGCCUCAGGACUAAGGAGGAUGGGAGGGUUUUGUGAUAAACUGGUGAAUGACUGGAAAAGGGAUGCUGUAAAAACCCAGGGAAUUCAAUCCCACUGCAGCUGGGUUUGCUCUGCUUGCUGCCACCUGUAACUGCUGAUGGAGUAACCAAUAAAGGUGUUACUAAAAAGGUGUAAGUAACAAUGGUGUAACUAAUAAUGGCCAUUUAAUCCUCAGAUGCUUUCAGUGGAUAUUUAUCAAGCUCCAAAGUCUCUUCCUGAAAAUAUUAAAAAACCUUAGGAUAUUCAAGCACUUCAGUAAUUCCCUCAGAGUGGACACUGAAGUCACAUCAAAAUUCACUCCUGUACUCAAAUAAAUAU